AUUUCCCCGCACACUCCGUAAAUUGAGUGAUGUUCGAAAGGGCAUCCAGUCAUACAGACCAUGCCAAAACAAGACUGGAGCCUGGUUCAGCCCUCGAUUUGCCAGCUCCUUACAAACUGUCCAGUCGAUGCAAGCAUGGGAAACGGACGAGCAUGCAUACAUACAUAUCGGCAAUAACAGAAGAAUUCAAGACAAGCUGCCCCUUGGAACUCUUCUAUGCUGAUGACCGUGCUCUAAAAGCCGAGUCACUACAAGAACUAGAAAUUAAGAGAGGUUCUCUUUCUGUGUUUUUAAUUUUUGUAUCUUCUUUUCCAGACGAUAUCUUUAAUGUCUUUAUUGCUUUUCAGAUCAAUAAACAAAACGUGAACGGUGACACACCUCUACUUCUGGCUUGUCACAGGGGUAACACAGAAGUCAUUCAACAACUUCUCCUGUAUAAACCUGACGUUAAUCUAGAGAAUAAACACAAUCACACGCCGCUACACUGGGCCUGCAGUUGGGGAUUCCAGGACAUUGUCGAACAACUCUUGCUGUUUGAUGCCGAUGUCAAUAUGAAAGAUAAAUAUGACUACUCACCUCUACACUGGGCCUGUGAUUGUGGACAUCUUGAAGUGGUUAAACAGCUCUUAUGGUCGAGUGAGAGCUGUUCAAAAACCCCAUCAACUAAAGCUGAUGUCAAUGCUGUGGAUUCAGAUGGCGUUACAGCUCUACAUGUGGCUUGUGGACUUGGAUACGAAAAUAUUAUUAACGAACUUCAAAUACCUGAACUUAAAGUCAAUGCGAAAGAUAAAAAAUAUGGUAACACACCUUUACACUGGGCCUGUCGCAGUGGACACAAA